AUGCCGCCUCGCCGUCGUGGAGCUUCGGGCUACCGCGGCGUCCGCGUGCGAUCGUCCGGCACCUACUCCGCCUCGAUCCGGUUAGGCGGCGUGCGCCUCGGCCUUGGAACCUUCGACACCCCCCAGGAUGGCGCCCGCGCGUACGACGCUGCGGCAUGGCGCCUCCGGCGGUCCCGUUGGGACAUGAACUUCACCAACGUGGCGACGCCGGAGCGGGCACAGGAGUUGGCUCCUUUCCCGCGGCUUAUCACCAACGAGGAUCGGCGCAAAAACCGGAGGCGGGAGCGCCGUCUCAGCCUGGCCGAGAUGGACGAGAAAGCCAUGGCACUGUGA